AUGGCAUCAGGAAACCUUCAAUGGGCAGCGCCUAAACCUUUGAAAUUAGACGGGAACGUCAGUGAAAACUUUCGCAAAUUUGAGGAGCACUGGACGCUCUUCGAGAACACUGAGCUGAAAGGACGGUCGGAAGAGGAAAGAUGCUCAUACUUUCUUCUAUGCAUUGGAGAGAAAGGCCGAGAAGUUCACAAGACCUUGACGUUCGCAACGCCAGAAACAGAGACAAACCAAGAGGGGGCAACAACGUGGAAGAGAACAACAAACGAGCUAAAAUCAGCGUUUAAAACCUACUGUAACCCGAGAAAGAACAUUACGUUCGAACGACACAAAUUCAACAUACGGAAUCAAGAAGAAAACGAAAGCAUCGACCAGUAUGUGACUGUUUUGUGCACUCUCGCAGCAACAUGUGAAUUUGAGACACUUCACGAUGGGCUAAUUCGUGACCGGAUAGUUUGUGGAAUUCGUAACCAAAGUAUUAAAGAACGUCUACUUCGUGAAUCUGAGUUAACCCUGCAGAAAACCUUGGAUAUAUGCCGAGCAUCCGAAGUAUCUCGCAAGCAAGUGAAGUCCCUAAACGAUCAGAGUUCCGCCAAUGUCGACGCAUUGGGGAAAGACCAGCGAAAACACAAUUACAGAGGGAAUUUUCGCAACCACAACAACAAACCGGAAAACGGAAAACCCCCAAACAAAUCCUGCGGUAAUUGUGGUCGAGUUCACGAGCCAAAAUCUUGCCCUGCAUAUGGGAAAAAGUGCAAUAACUGUCACAAACUAGGACACUUUGCCAAACUAUGUCGAUCGCAAGCUAAAAACCCAAAGAAAUCGGUUCACGAUGUAGAUUACGAAAGCGACUCCUCGACGCACGGAAUUGAUAUGGUGAAGACAGCUGUGACAAGUGACAAUGACGAAGAACACGCAUCUCUUAAAAUUAACAACACGACAAUUCGCAUAAAACUCGACUCCGGAGCCGAGACAAACGUUCUAACAAAGAAAGAUUUCGAAGCCGCUGUUCCAAAACGACAACGUCGUAGCAAGCUCAAAACGAGCGCCGCAAAACUGACCGCUUUCGGGGGCCAUAACAUUCCUGUCAUCGGAAAAUGCUAUUUAAAGUGUCAAUACAAAGGAGCGACUGAAGUACUCGAGUUUCAAGUGGUCGAGACGGGCAAAUCCUUGCUCGGAUGUACAAACUGUAAAAGUAUGAAACUUAUAACAUUUCAUAACGUAGACCAGCUGCGCAACCAACCCAUUACCGACGCGGCACCUCAAAGUUCACUAAACGGACUUACAAGUGAAUAGAUAUUCGAGAAAUAUUCCAAAUGCUUUGACGGAUUAGGACGCAUAUCAGACCCUUAUCACAUUAAGAUUAACCCUGACGCAACGCCUGUUGUUCAUCCACCUCGUAAGCUUCCUUCAGCGUUGAGAGAUCGAGUCCAGAACGAACUACAAGAAAUGGAAUCCAGGGGAAUCAUUAAGAAAGUCAACGAGCCCACGGCAUGGGUAAACUCCAUGGUAGUUAACGAGAAACGCUCGGGAAAAUUACGUAUAUGCAUCGAUCCACGAGAUCUCAACAAAGCUCUGCGUAGAGAGCAUUACCAACUCCCCACACAGCAGGAGAUAACAAGCCGCCUGACAGACGCCAAAUUCUUCAGUAAACUGGAUGCGAACUCUGGAUUUUGGCAAAUGCUACUUGACGAAGAGAGCUCUUAUUUGACGACAUUUAAUACGCCAUUUGGUCGCUAUCGCUUUACUGUGAUACCAUUUGGUGUCGUGUUUGCACAAGAGGUGUUUCAUAAAACUGUCAACGAGAAAUUUCAUGAUUUACCCGGAUGUGAGACGGACAUCAAUGAUAUUUUGAUUUGGGGACGAACACUGGAAGAACAUGAUCAAAACUUUGAACGUGUUCUCAAUCGAGUGGCAGAUAUCAACAUGACACUUAGCAAAGACAAAUGUCAGUUUCGACAAACCAAGAUAACCUAUCUGGGAGAAACGCUUACGGCAAAUGGUGCUUGA